AUUUUGAAGGUUUCCUCAUUACCACAAAAACGUGAUGUUAUCGUUUGUGCUGCUGCUACUAGUCUCUAGUAGCUACUGGUGCAAUCUGAUUCCAAGGCCAUCUCGCAUCUUCGAUCUCAAAGUAAAAUAUCAUCAUCAUGUCGGGAGCUCUGUUUCCCAGUCUGGUGUCGGGGUCCCGCGGCUCCUCUAGCAAAUUCCUGGUUGAGUUUCGGGCCGGGAAGAUGACCAUGAAGGGUAGCACGGUGACUCCAGACAAGCGCAAGGGACAAGUCUAUGUUCAGCAAACCGACGACUCCCUCAUUCAUUUCUGUUGGAAGGAUCGGACCUCUGGAAACGUGGAUGAUGACCUGAUCAUCUUCCCAGAUGAUUGUGAGUUCAAGAGAGUGAACCAGUGCACUACUGGUCGGGUGUUUGUUCUGAAGUUCAAGGCUGGCUCCAAGAGGCUGUUCUUCUGGAUGCAGGAGCCCAAAACUGAAAAGGAUGAGGAGUACUGUCGUAAAGUGAAUGAGUAUCUGAAUAACCCUCCCAUGCCUGGAGCCCUUGGCAGUGGAGGCAACAGCGGGCAUGAACUGUCUGCUCUUGGGGGUGAGGGUGGACUGCAGAGUCUGCUCGGUAACAUGAGUCACAACCAGCUCAUGCAGCUCAUUGGACCGACUGGACUAGGUGGUCUUGGUGGUCUUGGGGCUCUGGCUGGACCUGGCCUGGCCAGCCUGCUCAGUAGUGGAGGUCCUGCAGCCGGCAACUCCUCUUCAAGUCCAUCUCAAUCUCCUGCUGUCACUCCCACCUCUACCUCUGCUGCCACCCGGCUGGGCUCCUCCCAGGUGCCAACCACACCCAUCACCCCGUCUGCCACCAGUGUAGCGUCACCCAUGGCCUCACCCACCAUCCCGGUUGCCCCCUCCAUCGCAGCCGGGGCAGCCAGCCCCACCCAGCCCAUCCAGCUGAGUGACCUGCAGAGUAUCCUAGCAACCAUGAACGUACCUGCGGCUGGGCAGGGAGUGGACCUGGCCAGUGUUGUGACCCCUGAGAUCAUGGCUCCUAUCCUGGCCAAUGCUGAGGUCCAGGAGAGGCUGCUGCCCUUUCUGCCGUCAGGAGAGUCCCUGCCUCAGAGCACCGACGAGCUCCACAACACACUCACCUCUCCACAGUUUCAGCAGGCCAUGAGUCUGUUCAGCAGUGCCCUGGCGUCAGGGCAGUUGGGGCCUUUAAUGAACCAGUUUGGUCUGCCAACAGAAGCUGUGGACGCAGCUAACAAAGGAGACGUUGAGGCUUUUGCUAAAGCCAUGGAGACAGACAGCAAGUCUGACCAUGAGGAUGACGCCAAAGAUAAAAAGGAUGAAGAUAUGAGUUUGGAUUAGGACCCUCUGUUAGUUCCGUUUAACUUAAUGUAUUUUAUUUAACUUAUUUACUGGUUCUGAAGCUGUGGACCAUUUACCUCUGUACAUGUACUCAGAAUAGAGAUAUUAAAAAGAAAAAGGCAUUUAAGACA